AUGGUUGAAGCACUUGCCUUUUCCUAUGGGGCCCCGAACCCAAUUGCCAGCUUGCACCUGGCUAACCCGCCUCUCCCCGACUGCGGGCCAGGACAAGUUUUGGUGCAGUUUCUGGCGGUUCCCAUUAACCCAUUGGAUUUUUUCGUGAUCGAGGGCAAAUACCCUGUCAAACUCCAAAGUAUCUACACCAACGAGGCGGGCGAGCAGCUCGCUAUUCCUGGUUCGGAUGGCGCCGCCCGCAUCUUACAGACCGGGUCAGCUGUCAGCGACUUUGGCGUUGACGACAUUGUCAUCCUUCGAACGCAUUGUCGGGGCACCUGGAGAACCCAUGCCGUGCUCGAGGAGGACGAUCUAAUUCGUAUUUCAUCCACUAUUAACCCACGCCUCGCGUCCCUGCUACGGAUGAGCGUGGCCCCCGCAUAUUUCUUACUGCGGGAAUAUCAAUCGCUCAAGCCUGGCGACUGGAUCAUCCAAAACGCGGCCACGGGCACGAUCAGCCAUUUUGUCUGCCAAUUGGCUCUAUUGCUCGGGGUGCGAGUUAUUAGCAUCAUCCGCAACCGAUCAAGCGCCGAUGAACUGGAGCGCACAAAACGGUCGCUGCGUUCCCAUGGCGCGUCAUUAGUGCUGACAGAGGACGAACUCAGCACAAGCACUGCCCUCCAGGGGAAAAGGAUUACCCUAGCCAUCGACUCAGUCUCGGAUGAUAUAUUAGCACGCACUAUGGCGGCAUGCAUGAUCCCGGGAGCCACAUUAGUGACGGCCGGGUUCCUCGGGGCUGCGACAGCUCGACCCGAUCCGCAAUUGCGCCAAUUUCUAUGGCAGAAAAAUAUUACUCUCAAGGCGUUUCGGCUGAGUGACUGCCUUAGCAAACGGGACUUGACACAGCAAACCGCGCUGUUCGAGUGGUUUGGGGACUUGUUCGCUCGCAGAAUCCUGAAGGCCCCAGCGCUGGAAUACGUGCAGUGGAAACAAGGGUCCGAAAGGCGGCUCCAGGAUGCUAUUUGGAAACAGGAGCAGGGAUGGGUUGGCCAACAGAAGACAGUUCUUGUGUUUGAAGUGUAG